ACGACCUGCCACCAAUCAUUUCAGGCGAUUCGUACGGAAACGUCGUCUCCGCAUCCACCGUCGUACUAAUUAGCCAAAUUUACCGGUUCCAUGACUUUACUGUGUAAGUCAAUAACAACCAAUUAAACAAAACAUUUUGAAUUUAGACAGAAAGUUUUUGUGGUGUUCAGACCGUCAAAUAAUGGCUGGUUUAACAGAGGAGCGUUUGCGCGUGGUGGCGAUCAUUCACGCGCUCAAAGCUGUCGGUAUCCGCGUGAAAAACUGGAAGAACUUUCUGAAUGGAGAUUCCAACUGUCAACAAACUUUUAGUCAGGAGAGCUCGUCACAACGCUUUGCUUUUGGACGUGACAUGCAUUUGCUCCCUCAACAUCAACUCUCUGACAUGGGCGGUACACUACCUCAGUUCUUGGUGGAGGCCUGUGGAUAUCUGUCACAACAUCUGGAUACAGAAGGUCUUUUCAGGAAGACCGGAUCCCUGAGUCGUAUCCGAGCUCUAAGGGCAGAUUUGGAGCAGGGAAAGACAGUCUUUCUUCCCCCGCACGCAGACCUCCUGCAGCCUUGUGACGUUGCCUCUCUCAUCAAGCAGUUCCUGCGUGAGCUGCCAUCUCCACUCAUCCCUACAGAUCUCCAGAUCCCUCUGAUUCAGGCCCAGGGGCUUGAGAUGACACAUGACCAGGAGGGAGCGAGAAACAGAACAACUCUGCUCAUUACAGCUCUGUUACCUUCAUCCCACGCCCGUGCACUCAGAUACCUCUGCACCUUUCUGCAUCAAGCUGCGGAGAGAUGCAGUGAGAAUAGAAUGGAUGCGAGUAGCCUUGCCGUUGUUAUUGCUCCUAACCUGCUUCAGUGUCAACCUUGCAAACUCACUCUGGACACCGAGAAACAUUUAGACCAGCAGACAUCAGUGAUCAAAUCAUUCAUUCUUCAUGCAGAACGUAUUGGUGUUGUUCCAUCAUGUGUGCUGGAGGCUUUAAAAGCAACAGGGGGAACAGAGACACCCUCUUCUGCAGGUGGCGCUAUGUUUAGUAAGAGGACAGGACUCAGUGUUUACAGAAGUCUGAGACGACAACGAAGACGAAGUGUUGGUGAAAUAUUCGUAGAUGCUUUUUCCAAACUGAAGCCAUGUCGUACUCCCACUGGACCACCAAUAGUGUUAGAUGCCAUGUCAGUGACUCCUCUCUCAAAAAGCCCCUCUCCUCAAUCACCAGUUACAGUCAAACGUAAAGCCACCGAGGAAUCACUUCCUGAACUUGAAGGAUCUGCAAAGAAAAGGCGGUCUUUGCAUGACCUAAGAGAGGACAUGUCGACAACUAUCACUCAGCCAGAAGAAUCUGUAAGCAGUCAUAGUCCAAAGACUAUGUGUAGUAAAGAAGAUACUAUUCUUACCACCAAGAAGAGAAGCCACACGAGAGAACAGCGGAAAUUGCUUAGGCCUCCAGCACAAGAAGAAAAGGUGCAUCGGAGAAAAAGAUCUCUCCGAUUUUUUACUGUGUCCAGUGGAAACAACAGUAACCAACUUUCAGUGACACCAACUCAUAAAGACCCUGAAAAUUGUUCAGAAGAACACCAAGAACAGCUUGACUGUAAAAGUGAUUCACCACUUAUAAAUGAUAUGUCUCCAAGGAUACCUCUUAUUGUCAUUGAUGAACCAGGAGCAGUUGUUGUUGGGAAUGAGGUGGAUGAUGACCCGGAUCUUCUCAACUGCUGUUUUGCAGAAAACACUGAUGACUGUCUAAAAAUGGGAAUAGAAGCAUCUUUCAUGCAGAGACAGGACAGUGAAGAACCCUGUGACGAUGAAUGCUGGACCGUACUUGAAGUUGAGGACUUUGAGCGGUUAGGAGAAUGUGAGGUAAAACAAUCUGUUACUCAAAAUGAAGGGUCUCAUGCAAGCACAGAAGUAGAGAAUGAGUCAGAGGUGAAGCAGCCACGUAAAGAGUCCAAAAAGGAUAAGAACCGCUCUAAGAACCGAUCUUGUCCUCGUAGAUCCAUAAGCCUACCUGAGGUGAUGCUUGAGUCGUGUACUGAUGAGAUCCCCGUUUUGGAAAAGGAAGUUGGUAGAGCUGAAACUGAGAUUGAUAACAGUGUCUGGUCGAUGUUUGCAAGUCUGACCCUUUCAAAUGAGCAAGAGAAUGUAACCACGGAGAAGAAGGGGGGUAUCAAUGAAGUGCAAGAGACAAAAGGAAGCAUUAAAACACAAAAGAAUUAUAAACAAGACAAGAUGACCGACUCAACUAUUGGUUUCAAAAGACCCCAUCAGCGUUUGUCCGUGGCUGAGCGACUUAGAGGUUUUAGUGCUUUGACCUUGCUGCUCCGGACAUCACGAACGGCACCUCAUUUCCGGGAGAAACCGCAGGAUUCCCUUCAGAGGGGAGCCACGCGCCUUCGGAGGCAGGGGGCACGCCGAUUUGGCCGCUCCAUCAGUCAUGAGGGCGUAUCUGAGAGACCACCAGAGCAGAGCCCUGUGGGAUCUCCUCCAGCAAAUCAGGCUUUCAUAGGAAUGUGCGACGCUAGCCCUGAUUCGGGUGUGGAGUCGGUCGAUCAAGAACCGAUUAAUGAUUUACAUCAUCAAGAGAUGUGCAAGAGGUCACAAAAUUCCCUCCAAAAUCAGACAACAAAUGAUGUGGAUUCUCUGAGCUUGUUGGGAAACCCGAAUCAAGAUCUGAAUUUGUCUGCAAUGACGAAAACUGAAUGUCUGUUCCUGUGCAAGCAAACAGAGCAGAAUGUCAAGGAGCUUGAUCUUCAUAAAAUGUUGGAUCAGAAGUGUCACAUUGGUGGUCACGAGGAAGACGAUUGUGAAGAUUCAAAUGUUCCUCCUGUAGUUCUUACACCUGAUCUUGCAUCACCAAUGUUCUUCCAGCAGAUGCUGCCAUUGAAUCUCUAUGAAGACUCAAGUUCAGUCGAAGACUUCAGAACGGAUCAAGUCUCUCCUCUGCACGAAAGCGAUAAGGAAACCCCCUCAUGGCUGAAUGCCAGUCCUCCAUUUGAGUUUCCACCUUUUGCUUCUUUGACACGAGACGGUGUGAUUUUUGAAGAUGACACAAGUAAUGGGUUGCCUGGUGAGCUUUCCUCUCCAAUCUUUCAGUUUAGGCAUCCGACCACUAGAAGGCGCUACAGAGACUCUCCCCGCUGGCCCUCGCAUGAGGUGCGCAUGUCUACUUGGAACCCGUUUCCACUUUAAUCAUUUAGUUCUUUAAUUUUUAUUAGUUACAUAUCAGUUCCCAAAGACUGGGAUCUGAAUAUGGUUUGUAUAAUCAUUAAACUAUUAUUUAUGCAACAAUGGUUUUACUUGUUUGUUUGUGAGCUGUCACAAAUUUUCUUUGUUCUUAAUAAAAUCCGUUUUAAUAGUUCA